AAGAAUGGAAACCACGAAUUUGACUUUGCUUGGAUUGCUUUACCUGGUAUCCUUAAUAGAGUCAAUUCAGUAUUGCGACAAGAAUUGUUCACUGCUGGCGACAAAGGUAUAUAUAACAAAGAUUCUUUGUUACUCUUUCUCUCGUUGACUUCAUUAUAAUAUUAUUUUCCUUCUAAAAAAUUUCAUAUAAUCAUACCAUAAUACGAAUUAUGUGUGGAGUAAAUUGCAUUUUGGCGAGUUUAAUAGUUCCACAUUCAUAUUAGGAUGUAAUAUAUGAACAACGAGAGCGAGUGUUUCACCGGGAUAUCCAAACACGAGAAAACAAUGUAUGAGAACACGAGCGCGAAGCGCGAGUGUUUUCAUACAUUGUUUUCGAGUGUUUCGAUAUCCCGGUGAGACACGAGCUCGAGUUGUUUAUAUGGCUUCUCAAAUGAAUCGAGACGUAACAGAAUGUUUUCGUUUGCUGAUUUGAAUAGAAUUCUUAACCAAGCAUAACGUAAUUAGGAAUUCUAUUCAAGUAAUUUUGCAUGCGUAAUUAAGAUAUUUGAUGAAAACACUAGUGAGUUUCAUCAAGUAUCCAAAUGGCAUCUUGUGAUCAAAUAGGUGUUUAUCAUUGGCUGAAUUACUCAUGAAUUAUUAAUGAAUUUGAGAAAUAUAUUUUCUCACAUCUUGUAGCUGUAAACUCUCGGAACUAAUUAGAUAUUAAUUUUCUUAACUUCGAUUCUUUCGAUUUGAAAUGCGAACUGAAUAGUUUUGCCCUGAGUAUCACCAAAUGAGAGAACAAAAGAUUGAUUUAUUCUGAAAAACGUUGAGAUAGUUUCCCUACAAUAACCAUUACUUGAUUUUUCAGCAUUCAAAUUUAACUGUUUGUUGUAGUUAUAACAGUACUCUUGUAAAGAUUAUAGCAUGCCAGGAUGAAAAGAAUGGAAGAUUAUAAAUAUUUAUUUAUCGGUGCCGUGUAAGGCUUGAUUUAGACUGUCGUUUUCGUUGGUCUACUGCAGUGACUAAAACGCGUAUUAGUUAAUUUAAAUCAUCAGUGCCUAUCGCUGAUCAAUGCCAUAAGAGCAACUGACAAACUCAAGGUAUUCAUCUCACGAGUCUCAUGCAUUCUUGACUAGAUAAUGCAAAACUCUGUACAUCUAUAAAUGGGAACUCGAAAGACGAAAUGUUCCUGAAACAUGCUUCAGGUCCGUCGAACUCUAUUGCAAGGUAACCGAGAUUUGUGCAGACCAUCGGUAACUAAAAUGACUUACCCAACUAUUCGGCAAAUAGUCUAUAGACUAAGAUUACAAUUUACAACUUUUACUUUCCAUUAUAUCUCCGUCGUAAUUUAAACCAUUCAGUUUGUCCGAUAUAGGCAAAUAGGAUAACGUCAUUGGAAGGGUGAAAAUUGCUAAAAAUCCUGGAAUUCAAAAACAGAUUAAGUAUUUUCUAUCUAUUUUCUUUUACGCCCGCAGUUGAUUAUUCAAAAUACUAAAUAGAUUAAAAACCACAACACCUCCAUUACUUAUGCGCUACUAGUAUUCCUUCAAAAUAACUAGUUGGGAUUCGAGAACUAAAUAAGUGAAUUUCCAAAGUUAUGAAUUUCCCAGAAUAUGCCAACGGAUGAUAUCUUCUUUAGGUUCAAAAUUUGGAAACGCAAGUUCAAAUUUUCUCCAGCCUUCUGCAAAUUCAAUCUACUAUAAUAGCAAAGUACAUCGUUCAACGUGAGUUAGCGACUGGCACGACAUCGAUAUCCUCAGACAACAGUGUCAAAAUAACAAAACAAGCCAACGAGAUCAAGGAACUUCAAAGAGACGUUGCUGCUUUAAAAUACGCAAUGGAAACUCAACAGAUGAUCAGAGUGCUCAAUGAUAAUUUUGAGAAAUUAAUUAGUAAGUUGUUAACUUUCGUACUAUUUAAAUUAUUUCCCACAGUUGCCAUGUUUUCAUUUUAUCAGUCAUGUGAAUGGUAAAUAUUGUUGAAGCAUAUAUCACAUGUCAAAAUACGCUUUAUUGUAUCUGUAUAUUAUAUCUCAUACGUCAUACCGUAAAUUUCCCAGGUGUGUUUAAGCAAAUCAAUAAGCCCCUGCCCUACUUUUUCAUUACUAACAUUGAUAUUCAAAAGAGUCAAAACAACCCCUGCAAAUUUGACUCCAGAACCACUCUUUUGUUGUCAUUCUGACUCUAACGUUUGAAUUUGCGGUGCAAUUAGCCUCCACUGAAUGACGAAGUAUAAGUAUUCUGACAUGACUGCCCCAUUUUUUUCAGAGGCUAUUUCCAGUACUGUUCGUAUUGGUACAGUAGACGUAUUACUAACAAAAAUUAACCAAAAACUCAGUGCCUUGGAUAGAAAAUAUAAAACUCAAGAUUCUCAAAUCAAGCGACUUGAAUCCGCGAUCGCAUCAGGUAAGUUAAUAUCGUUUUUCAGUUUUAAAGCUUUUUUUCUGAAGAACCAGCUCAAAUGUCAACGGUUGGGUUGAAAAGACUCUCUUCUUUCCACCAAUACGGUCCUGUUCUGGGGCCGGUUGUACGAAGGCCGGAUAGUGCUAUACACCGGGUAGUAAUUUUUCCACCGUUGUAAAAUUACGGAUAUGAACCUUGCAAUUAAUAAAAAGAAACUUCAAUUUUUAAAUACUAAACUUUAACCGGCAUCUAAUGAUUAGGGUUACUAUCUUCUUUUAGACAACUUGUCGAAAGUAACGAACCAAUUACGUCCUACAAGGAUUAAACUUUCAGCACAUGAUCAAGUCUGCGAAUCUUAG